CAACAACAACAACAACCGUUCACCCCGAUACUUCCGCUGCUAUCUCAAAACAGAUCACCGAGGCCGGGGGCCAGUUUGUUGCGGCCCCCGUCUUCGGAGCCUCAGCAAUGGCCGCUGCCGGCAAACUCAUCUUCGUUACGGCCGGACCCGAAUCUGCGAUCUCGGCCAUCUCCCUAUACCUCAACGGCGUAAUGGCACGCUCCGUCAUCCCCAUGGGCGCAGACGUCACCAAGUCAAGCUUGCUCAAGAUUGCCGGAAACAUCGUAGUCGUCUCCUUCAUGGAGGUCCUCUCCGAAGCCCAUGUCUUUGCCGAGAAGACCGGCCUCGGUUCACCGGUGCUGGAGAACAUGAUCUCGGACAUGUUUGGCCCCGUUCUCGAAAGCUAUAGCAAGCGCAUUACCAGUGGUUCUUAUGCACCGCCGCCUGAUAGCAAGGCUGGGUUUGAUGUGGCGCUCGCGAUGAAGGAUUUGAGGCAUGCACUCACGUGUGCCAAGGAUGCAGGAACGAAGCUGGAGACUAGUGAGGCUGCGCUGAGGCAUAUGGAAAAGGCUAGAGAGUUUGAGGCCGUGAGGCCACUGGAUAGCAGUUCCAUGUAUGGUGCAGUGCGUCUGGAGGCUGGUCUCAACUUCUACUCUGAUGCCUGUAAGGAAAGAGAUGCGAAGAAGUAGAUGCACUUACAAACCUUAAUGAUACCAAGACAACUCGAGUUAUGGAAUAAU